CCACCAGCGCACUCUCGACGACUGCUAAGUUGCGUCAAAGUCAGUAGACGUUCCAGCGCUCUACAUACCACAUCGGGCAGGUGAACUGUCGAGCAUUGGCACUGAUGAGAUGCUACAUGGCGACUCCAGCGACCACUAUGGGUGAUGCAAACAUGAUACAAGAAAUAUCAUAGUAAGCGUCCGAUCAUCAUACUUCGAGCUCUAGCCGGAACUCUUCAGGCACCGCCUACUACUGACAACCAGGUCACUUGGCGGACGCUUGUUGUAGCUGCAUGAUCACGUCGGCUUGCCGAGAUUUGCUGUAUGCAGGUCCGACUCAACUCUACAGAACAGAUACGCCUCACGACCAAAAUACAUACAGACAACCUCUCCUGGCAACCUUAUACUGGUGCGCCUUUCUCACUUGAGCAGACAACCACAACGGCGACGGACCCUAUUAUCUACAACGUGUAUCCGAGGGUCAUGGCUAAAACGGAGGCCUGUCCGACACUGACUCAGCUCCUGCACUUCCCCAUGCCGAUCACUGUGCUUCGACUCAAGCACCAAAGCAGAAUCGCCGACUCGAACUGUGCCGGAUCUGCGAUGAUGUCCAAACUAGACCAUCACUGCUGCAAAAGCAGUGCCCAAAAGCGCAACCGCCCACUGAGAUGACCCGGGAGGAUCAUGAAGCACUACGGCUCAUAUACAGCCACCCGUUCCCUCUAGUACUGCGUCCUGUCGGAGAUUUUGCUUCCCACGUUUGCUCUAUUGCUCGGUGGUACGCUUGUGCGACACACCAACAUGCGGGCUAUCUUCGCCUUUCUCGCCUGCCUGGUCUACCCAAGUCUGUUCUCUUCAGUCGCUGCCAGCGAAUACAGUCUGAAACCUCGCCACGAUGUCAAUCUCACAGCCGCCGCUGCGCUUCCGCAAUGCGCUUUGGAAUGUGGCAGUAGAAUCUCCAUGGCGUUCAAUUGCCCGAUCACAGAGCCGUGCUUCUGCGAAACGAGCGGACCUAAGAUCGAUGCCACGGUAGCAUGCCUCAAGGAAUCGUGCGAUAUCCGAGGUUCUUUAGCCUCGCAAAGAUUUCAAGCAGAGACAUGCGGGUUCCCAUACCGCGACAAGUCGUGGAGGAUUGCAUUGGUCUCUUACAUCCUCUACGGCAUCGCAAUGGUGUUCGUGAUUGCGAGAUUCAUCUCCCGCUUUCCGAGACUUUUAGGAGCUGGCUUUGGUGCCGAUGACUGGACAGUUGGGGUAUGUGUGGCGCCUAUGACAGGCAUGACUGUUGUGGCCUACUACGAAUACUAUUACGGUUCUGGUCGAGAUGUUUGGACUGUCCCCGUUGACAAUCUAGAACCUUUUGCGCUGUGGUUCUUCGUUGGCCAGCCGCUAUACGUAACGGUCACCUACCUCUCGAAACUGUCACUCGUGUUUCUAUACCUUCGGAUCUGGCGCGAGGAAUCUAUGAGCUCGUUCCGAAUCACUUGCUGGAUUGUGGCAACUAGCCUUAUCAUGUGUACCAUUGGAUGUGUCCUCGCAUGCAUAUUUCCUUGUCAGCCAAUCAGCUAUGCAUGGCGACAGGUCUUACCAGGAGUUACUGGAAAAUGCUCGAAUCGCACAGCUGCCGCCUUCGCAUUCUCGGGUAUCAAUAUUGCGUACGAUGUGAUAGUCCUGCUCAUCCCUAUCCCACGCUUCAUCGGGCUCAGCAUUCCAUUGCAUAAGAAGAUCGGCGUCUGCUCCUGCUUCCUUGUUGGAUUUGCUGUAACAGCUUGCUCAAUUAUCCGUCUUACACACCUCUUCGCCCUCACCGACUCCCGAAACCCAACAUGGGAUUUCGCCGAGCCUGGCUUCUGGUCUCUCAUCGAAGUCUACACCUGCAUGAUCUGCUGCUGCACCCCAGCAAUGGCCGGUUUCCUCCACCGUCUCUACAAAUACGGUUUCGAAGGCCGCUGGGAAAGCUUCAAGAGCUCCAUGCUCUCCUCUCGCCGCUCCGACUCACAACUCAUGUGGCACCCCGAAACUCACGGCAACGAUCCUCAACGAAACUGUCAAGGAGACGACGUCCUCGUCGACGAACGCGGACACGUCGUUCUCGAUGAAAACGGACGCGUUAUCCGCCGAAGUCGCAUCGGCCGUCAAACUCACCAAUAUUCUUCUAGCGGACGCAUUCCCGACGAUAUGCUGCACGUCGAGAAAGCUCUGCCGAAGAGCAGUCCAGAGAAAGCUCGCUUCGCGAGUCUUGAUGGCACGAGCUCGAUGGAUGAAUAUGAGAAGAUUGAUGAUCGGGAACGGCCGUUGGAGGGAAUUGCGAGAAUUCCGAGUGAUGCGAAUAUGAUGGAGACGGUGUUGCAGCAUCCUGGUGCUGGGCAGCCGAUUGUGAGAAUGAGUAGUGAAGAGGAAGAACAGGUGCUGUUUGAGGCGAGGAAGAGUCAGAUGCCGUAGGGAUGUGGACAAUGAAUGUGUCAGUUAUGAGUUUUUCGUUUUGUAUGAAUGAAUUGGACGGGGUGUAUGAUGCUUGAUACCAAAUGCUGCAAUAUGUAUCGGGCCGUG